AUGUACGCAGUGAUAAUGGCGGGAGCAGUCAUGGGGCAAAGCCCGAGCUCUGUUCGGAGUAGGAGUAGCCGGAGGUCCUUCAGGUCCUUUGUGCGGCGCUCCAAGUUGAAUAAGUCUAAUUUGAGCCACACAUUCAGUUUGCCACCUUCCGAGGAGUAUCCUGAGCUGAUGAACGUGAACUCCGCCACCGAGGAACAGUUGAUGACACUGCCGGGGGUGUCUCGCCAGCUCGCGCGGGAAAUUGUCCGACACAGACAAAUGAUUGGCAGAUUCAAGCGCGUCGACGACCUUGCCUUAGUGUCAGGUAUUGGAGCUGAGAAGCUCGAAUUGUUAAGACCAGAAAUAUGUACAAAUUCCAAAAGAGAGAUAUCAAGAGCAAGUUCCUGUACUCAUUCCUUAGACAGUGUAAGGAUAACAAAUGAAAAUAAACUAUGUUCUGUGAAUUCAUCCAGUGUGUUCCAACUGCAAUGUGUGCCGGGACUGAAUCAAGAAUUAGCAGCUAAUAUUGUAGACUAUAGAAAUAAGAAAGGACCAUUCAAAUCAUUGGAUGAUUUAAUAAAAGUCAGGGGCAUAGAUAUCAUCAGGCUGAGUACCGUUAAACCACAUUUAAAUUUGGAAUUACGCAAGAGUGAGAGUGUACAACAUUUAACUAACGGACAUGUAAAUGGUUGGACGGAGACAUGUCUCGAUGACUCACUUCUAAACAGAGAAACGAAAUCACUAAGGAGUCCACAUAGAAAAAGUAUGUCUAUGCCUACAAAGUUCCCAAUCACAUUGCCAAAUGGUUUUGCGACGGCUCCGGUGAAUGAUAUAUUAGAUUUGCUGUCAGCUUAUUCUCACCGACCCAUUGUGGAGGAAGUCUUUAGAUAUGAGAGGGACGGAGUGAGGUGUUGCCGUCUCGCUUCAUGGAACCUCCAUCAGCUCAGUGUAGAUAAAGUCACGAAUCCAGGCGUCAGAGAAGUUAUAUGCCGGACCAUUUUAGAAUAUAGAUUGUCGAUUGUAGCUAUACAAGAUGUAUGUGAGGAGUCGUCUCUGCGUAUGAUAUGUGAAGAACUGAAUUCACCAGCAUUACGUAGAGUCAGCGAAUGGAGGUGGAAUAAUAGGUCUUGGAACUAUUGCUUACCGAGUGAUGGAAAAAGAAGCAGCCUCGGCUUCUUGUACGAGACGUCAAACAAGCACGUGUCCGUGGAGGAAGUGACGUCAGCAAAACGUGACGUCAUCCCGGAACUGGCUGCGAGGGUCCUGGAAACAGUUGACAGUGUUAAGAGUGACAGAUUGAUACUAUUCCCAAAAGUGUUCCUACUAAAUGACAAGCCAUUAAUAAUGUUGAACGUGCAAUGUAAGGAUCGUCUGUGUGAAGAGGACAGCAACAAACUGAGAGAGAUAGCUGAUAUGGCGCUCACUUCAAAAUUGCAAUUAGCUUUCUUCGGGGACUUUCUGAGUUGGAAAAAUGUACAAUGUUUACGUAACUGUGAAUCGGUUUUGGAUACGGCGAUAAUUUCGUCCUUGGAUUCUAAUGUGGAGGGACAGAGUGUUAUAUUAUGUGUGGGGGAUGUUGAAGGGAGCUCCUUCAACGGCCAUGCAGGCGUCAUCAAGACAGGGCUCUGCCACCUCGCUAUACCUCGCGGCUGGUCGUGGGGAGGCCCUGCGUCACCAUUCUGUCCGAUAUGGGCCGAAAUCAAUGUACCAGAUUGA